UCCAGCGCAAGGAUUACAGUCGAGCUAGCCGCGCUCGCGUGCUCCCCCUCCGAAGCUUUUUUCAUUUUGCUCAUGCGUUUUCCGCCGCGCUGUGUUAUCGCCCACUGAAACAUGCCCCGCUCAUUUUUGGUGAAGAAGAUCAAACUCGAUGAUUUCUCUUCAUCCAACGCGGCCACCAAUAAUCACCAUCAGCACCUGGACGACUCGUUCACUUUCGCACGCUCCAUCACAGACUCGGUGACCAGCCUCGGCGUUCGGCUGAGCGAGAAUGGCUACAUCCAGGAUUACAUCACGCCAUCUGUAUACCGGGGAGAGAAGAAGAUGGAGCACAAGCUGGUGUCGGACCCGCUGUACACCCACGUGAGCAGCGGCGGCGAGUACUGCGACCCCGACCUGAAGCACCCCGACAGCCCCCAGUCGGGCAUGACCGCCAGCGGCUUCUACAGCGGCGAAUCGGAGGCCCUGGACGAGGGCUACACCAUGGAUGCCUUCUUCAUCUCCGACGGGCGCUCGAGACGGAAGGGCGACGGCGAGGCCCGCGAGGGCGGCUCGAGGAGCAGCAGCGUCAACGCCGGCCCGCAGGAGGGCGGCGCGGCGGCGGGCGCGGCUCGCCACACCUGCAACGAGUGCGGCAAGACGUACGCCACCUCGUCCAACCUCAGCCGGCACAAGCAGACGCACCGCAGCCUGGACAGCAAGAUGGCCCGCAAGUGUCCCACCUGCGGGAAAGUCUACGUGUCCAUGCCGGCCCUGGCCAUGCACAUCCUCACCCACGACCUCAAGCACAAGUGCGACGUGUGCAGCAAGGCCUUCAGCCGGCCGUGGCUCCUCCAAGGUCACAUGCGCUCCCACACGGGGGAGAAGCCCUUCGCUUGCGCCCACUGUGGCAAAGCCUUCGCUGACCGCUCCAACCUCCGCGCCCACAUGCAAACACACUCUGCCUUCAAGCACUACAGAUGCAAGCGCUGCAAUAAGACCUUCGCUCUCAAGUCCUACCUGAACAAGCACUACGAGUCAGCUUGCUUCAAGGGCUCCGCGGACGAAGACGACUCUGGAUCAGACAACUAA